AAAAAAAAAAAAACAUUUCCUUGAAAGGAAGAAACCAACUUCAUUUUUCCUUUUUGAAAGGAUAACUACGAUUUUAAACCCAAUAAGUAAUAAAGACUUCUUAUAUUAGACUAAACUCCUUUCUUUUCCCUCCCCGUGUUAAAGAAGAGGCUUCCGUCUUCCGAGCAUUUUGUCUUCCACUUUUGCCUUUUAGUUGCAGUUGUAAGGAAUCGAACGCUCCGCAGCAGAGAAAAAUGGCGUUCCAGAAGAUUAAGGUCGCCAAUCCCAUCGUUGAGAUGGACGGAGAUGAAAUGACUAGAAUUAUUUGGAAAUCUAUUAAAGAUAAGCUUAUUUUCCCAUUUUUGGAUUUGGAUAUAAAGUAUUUUGAUCUUGGACUCUCCAAUCGAGAUGCUACUGAUGAUAAAAUCACCAUAGAAAGUGCUGAAGCCACUCUUAAGUACAAUGUGGCAAUUAAGUGUGCAACAAUUACUCCAGAUGAAGCUCGUGUCAAGGAGUUUAACUUGAAAAGAAUGUGGAAGAGUCCAAAUGGGACUAUUCGCAACAUUUUAAAUGGUACUGUUUUUCGAGAACCAAUCAUAUGCAAAAACAUUCCGCGUCUUAUUCCAGGUUGGACCAAGCCAAUUUGCAUUGGAAGGCAUGCUUUCGGUGACCAGUACCGAGCAACUGACACGGUUAUAAAAGGAUCAGGCAAACUUAAGCUGGUUUUUGUACCAGAAGGACAUGGUGAGAAGACAGAAUUUGAGGUUUUCAAGUUCACUGGGGCUGGAGGUGUGGCAUUGUCCAUGUAUAACACUGAUGAGUCCAUACAUGCAUUUGCUGAGUCUUCAAUGAACACUGCUUAUGAGAAGAAGUUGCCCCUUUAUCUUAGCACAAAAAAUACAAUUCUUAAACAAUAUGAUGGAAGGUUCAAGGACAUAUUUCAGGAAGUUUAUGAAACCCGAUGGAGAUCCAAGUUUGAGGCUGUUGGAAUAUGGUAUGAACAUCGUCUCAUUGAUGAUAUGGUUGCUUAUGCCCUUAAAAGUGAAGGAGGUUAUGUAUGGGCGUGUAAAAAUUAUGAUGGAGAUGUUCAGAGUGAUUUCUUAGCCCAAGGAUUCGGUUCUCUUGGACUUAUGACAUCUAUACUGGUGUGCCCUGAUGGAAAAACUAUUGAAGCUGAAGCGGCCCAUGGCACUGUUACCCGCCAUUACAGGGUUUAUCAGAAAGGAGGAGAAACUAGUACAAACAGCAUAGCAUCAAUAUUUGCUUGGUCACGAGGUCUUGCACAUAGGGCAAAGUUGGAUGGUAAUGCCAGACUAUUGGAUUUUACUGCCAAACUGGAAGCGGCUUGUGUUGGAACUGUUGAAUCAGGAAAGAUGACCAAGGACCUUGCACUACUUAUCCAUGGGCCUAAGGUUACAAGGGCUCAGUAUCUGAAUACAGAGGAGUUCAUCGAUUCUGUGGCUGAGGAGCUGAGGGUAAGAUUGAGUACCAAAGCGAAGUUGUAAACUCUGGGGUUGGCGCUUCACAAUGUGCAUGCACAAGUUUGGUUCAACUCAAAUAUGGUAUAUAUUGGAAUAAUGUUUACCUGUCCUUUUUAUUUAUUCUUCUUGAUAAUUCAGUUCCAUGUUUCAUGUUGGUUUAGAGAGGGAAGUAUAAUGAGCCAACAAUUAAAAUUUUUACAGAAACUUGAAUAAUGAUAAUUUGAGGAAUGGAUAAUUUUCUCAGUUUUAAUGUUGGAUUGUCUAA